CGGACGUCGUUUCAUUGGCUGCGUCUGGCACAAAGCCCAAGUCAGCGCGACCGACAAUGGCCAAGCCCUUCCGCAACGUGCUCUUCAUCGAUGGAAGCUACGCCGCCAGCGGCGCCCGCGCCCUCGUUGGCGGUCCGUUGGACUUUAAGCAGCUGCGAGCCGCGCUAGAGACUCUUGUUGGCGGCGAGUUUAGCGAGUGCUGGUACUAUGACAACGAGCGCAUGGACAACCCGAAGAGCCCGCUUCCGAGCCAGAGCGCCUUUGUCUCGUCGCUCAAGCUCGCGCCGCCGCUUGGCCCGCAGUUUCAAGUCCGGUUGUACCCAAUGAAGGCGUGCAAGUGCUUUUGCCCGAGCUGCGGCAAUGGCGUUUCCCACCAAGUCGAGAAAGGCGUCGGGAACGGACUGGCGACCAAGAUGCUCUCGCUCACGUACGAAGACAUGGCGGACCGCGUCGUGCUCUUUGCUGGGGACGGCGACUUCUACGAUACGCUGGACCAUGUGCGCAACAUUCGCCGAAAAGAGCUUUGGAUCGUCGGCUACCGCGCGUCGGUCGUUCCCGACAUCCAGCAGUUCGCGUCCAAGGUCAUUUGGAUGGAAGACCUUUUGCCCCAGUCUGUCGAUGAGAGCAAGAUCAGUCCACCCACCCCCACCACCACCACGAACACCGUGCCCCACCCUACCCCCGUCCCCAACGAGCCACUACCCCCUCUGCGAAUCGUGCCUCCGUCCCAAAGCGGACCACCCGCGCCUCACUCGCCUCCGCAGCAGUCGCUGCCCAGCACGCGGCGCGACGCCGCACCACUGGGACGCCCUCCGGCUCCGCCUUCCUCGGACCUUGUCCCCCGGCGCUCCACCUCGCCACAUGAAGCGCCUCGCGCUGCCUCGUCCACUACUCCGGGCCUCCUGAGCACCCCUCGCUACGCCAUCUCGACGGGCCUCCUCGAGACACCCCGCACGGCCUCGUCUUCUUCGUCGCCGUCGGGUCUCUUGGAAACGCCCCGGCAGAUCACAUCAACGAGCAUGCCCCCCACCCCCCGGUCCUCGUCCUCCGACCUCCCCCCUACGUCGCGGCAGUCGUUGCUCGCCGGGCCACUCGAGUCGCCGCGGCAGGCUUUGCCGGCCGGUCCGCUCGAGACGCCUCGCCACGCGCCGACGUCGCGUCCGCCAAAGUUACCGGCCAACACAGCGGCCGACCCUCGCCGCGCGUACGUCGGUCGCCUCGAACCCAACGUGACCGACCGCGUCCUCCGCGACCUCUUCAAGUCGAGCGGGCGCAUCCUCUCGAUUCGCAUCCACGAAGGCUUUGCGUUCAUCUCGUUUGGGUCGUCGGCCGAAGUGUUUCGCGCCUGUGAGCUCAACAACUCGCUCGUUGGCGGCCGGCGCAUUCUCGUGCAGCCCGAGAAGACGCGCGACGUUGUGCCCAAUCUCAAGCGCAAGCAACCGGACGGCCUCGACGCGCCGCGCAAGCGCCAGCAGCGGUCUCGCCGCGUCUACGUUGGCGGCCUGGCACCGGCGGCGAGCCAGAACGACCUCCGCUCACUCUUCCUGCGCUUUGGCACGAUCGAAGGCAUUGAGCUCGACACGGGGCGUCGACACGCCUUCAUCACGUACCAGGACGCCGAGAGCGUCACAGCGGCCUUGGCGCUCAACGGCAACAACCUCCGCCAGCAUCCGCUCCGCGUCCAAAUCGCGCGGCCGUACAACGAGCCCCGAGUCGAUGACAACGUUCCCGUCCGAACGGUCUCGGUGCACCCGACGUCCGAGCCUCCCAAUGACCAAGCACACGCACGCACGGUCACUGCUCUCACGAACGACACGGUCCGUUCCUACGACGUCUGAGAAUGUGACCAACCAAAGUCCAUUUUGAUAAAUGAUCCGAAUGACAAUGAGAUCGUUUAAACUUAGCGA